AUUUGCGUAAUUUAGUUGAUAUUAAUAUUAUCUCAUUAUUGCCUUGAAACUAGGUAUUUUACAUUUUUCACUUCUACUAUAGGCGGCUGCAUUAUCUGAAAUUAAACCUGCACACGAACAGGAAACAGAUUAUAUACGAUUUCUCGCAGCCUAAUAAGAGCUCUUUGCGUUUACACGCCCUUGUAAUAACUCAACCGCAAGGAUCCUAUGGUUUGUGUAUUAAUUAAGAAAUAAGCGGAAGCAGGCAGCAGGAAAAGGGAUUCGAGUUAGCUAUCAAAGUAAUUAUUAAAGCGUUGGAAGUCACAACAAUUAAAGAAACAACGGCAGAUAAUACUAUCAGGCAAAACUAUUAACGCACAAGUGAUGUCUUGCGCUAUCUUUCUUGCUUAUUAGACGAGUAUUGGCCACCAGCGGCGGCAAUGAAGUGAAAAGUUUCGGAUCUUUGCAGAUUCGCAAUCAACACUUGGGCGGUAAAAAGGAAUUGGAUAGUUCGAAAAGUGCGUUCGUUUUGUGGAGUACAUUUUGUAGACUAGCUUUAUAAGAGAAUAGCAGAAAUAUUUAAGAGCGCUUUUACUUCGAAAUUCGAACAUGUACGGAAAAUUCUCAGAGCGACAUACGAAAUGCGCUCUCUCGAGCUGAGAAAAUCAAGGCUCCAUGCGUUUGCGUCAAGUGGAAAAAACUCUACAAAACAGAACAGCUGAGUGUCAACGGUGUGAGUUCGUGUGAGUGUGUGUAACAGCUGUCAGUUGGCCACAAUAACUUUUUCAACAAUAGCAACAUCGACAACAGCAACAGCACAGACGCACAAUUGAAUUGAGUAGACGCGCAGUUGGUCUGACGUUCAGCACGAGUUGAGGUGAAUAAAUCGACAAGAAGUAUCGCCGCCAGCCAAUUCACACGGUCGCUUGAACGGAUGCUCGCCCGCUCGGUCGCACAGCCACAGAUAUUUACAUAUUUAAGGGCAUUAUUUGCAUUUUGUGGUAUUUCCAUUUCAUUUCAUGCAUUCUUCCAUUGUGCUGUUUGCCAAAAGCAUUCGCGCGCUAAACGCACGAUGUAAAGCUGGAAAACAAGUUGCUGAUAAAAUCAAUUCGCGGCCACACCGACGCGGUGCCGAUGGUUUCGUACAAUAAGCAAAUUUAAGUGUUUAAUCUAAUCACCCAUGCGACUGAAGUGCUCUAGAAUUGUUAGUGUAGCUUGCAUUGAUUAAGCGCAUGGAUGGCGCGUGCAAUUGUGUGUGUAUGUGUGAGUGCAUGUGUAGAAAAUUGAAGUGUCUUUCAGUAAACGCGCUGACGGUUACGGUGACAACGAACCGCGGCUUCUGUACCUAUACAGUCAAGGAAUUGAAUAAAUUUAAGCCAAAAUAAAAUAAGCAUGCGUACAUAUAUAUAAUAUUACUAAAAACUAUACCUAAGAAAUAUAUUCUACACAAACGGAUUAGUGGAAAUUCCAAAUGAACAAACAAAAAUCGAAAUAUUAGCAUUCUUUCUAAGAAUAAAUACCAGAAUCUAAAAAAGCAGUCAAAAAAAUAAUCAAGAGCCAUUUACCGCAGCAGCUGAAGCAUUAAAGCCAUUAGAUGCUGUCCAUUGAAAAUCAUUCAACGGCAAGACUUGUCAGAGCAAAUGAGAACCAUGAGACGAUAAUAAUUCAAUAGCAAUAAACUGCUAGACAGCAUAAGGAGCUGACGUAACAAGCAACGUGAGAGCAUCAAUAACAAUAACGCUAGCUAGUGAAAACAUUUCGACGAAUAAGACCACCAAUAACAACUACAACUACUACAACUGUAACUACAAUAACAACAACCACAAUAAUAUCAGUACCAUUAAGAGGCAGCAUUACAACUACACAUUAAACAGAAGCAGCCAAUUCAAUCGAUAGCGACUUCAGUCAUCUCCACCUAGCACCAGCACUACCUCCCACAACCCCCGCACACACCCCCGCCAACAGGCCAGCAGGCCAGCAACAAUAUGCUGGGUGAUAUAAUUUCACCGUCAAUCGCAACUUGGAGUACAACGCAACACUUCUACACCGACCUGGACGUUGAGACGCCUGUGGUGCACGGCGCCGCCACCGACCUGCAUGCACCCCUCUUGGACAACUACGACAUCUACAACAAAGUGUACAGCAAUGCUACAUCAAUGUUGUUCGACGCCAAUGAAACGAGCGCAUAUCAAAUUGUAUUGAAUGGAACUAGCGGCAACUUGAGCAACAGCAACAACAUUUUAUUGAGCCUGGGCGAUGGUGGCAACACUGACGGUUUCAUUACAUUUAACAGCAGCGGCGGGAUGCGGAAUGCCAGUAACAAUAUUGUUGAUGUGUUUAUAGGUGAGCGUAAUGAGUUUGAUGACCAGCAACUGGAUGAUAUUAUGGGCUAUGGCGAUGGCUUCAGAACCCGAGAUCCGACGGUGGCGAUGGUGAAAAUGAUAGUCAUGUCCAUUGUGUUGGGUCUGCUCAUCUUCAUAACCAUAAUAGGCAAUGUUUUUGUAAUAGCGGCAAUUAUACUGGAGCGCAAUCUACAGAAUUUGGGCAAUUACUUGGUGGUCUCGCUGGCGGUGGCCGACUUGUUGGUGGCAUGCCUGGUGAUGCCACUCGGUGCGGUUUACGAGAUUAGCGAGGGUUGGAUACUUGGCCCGGAGCUAUGCGACAUUUGGACUUCGUGCGAUGUGCUCUGUUGCACAGCGUCCAUACUGCAUCUGGUGGCGAUUGCAGCCGACAGAUACUGGACUGUAACGAAUAUAGAUUAUAGCAACGUGCGCACACGAGGUCGCGUCUUCUGCAUGAUUUUUUGCGUCUGGUUUACAGCGCUCAUAAUCUCGUUGGCUCCGUUGCUCGGCUGGAAGGAUCCGGAUUACAUGCAACGAAUCGAAAGACAAAUUUGUAUGGUGUCACAGGAUGUGGGAUAUCAGAUUUUUGCAACAUGUUGCACAUUUUAUGUGCCACUUUUGGCCAUAUUGGCGCUCUACUGGAAUAUCUACAAAAUCGCACGCAGACGCAUCCAGCGACGCAUCCAACAACGCCCACUCCCUGUGGCACCUAGUCACAAUCAGAAAAGCUCCUCCGCUUCGAUGCAACGCAAACGUAAGCACCUAAAAAUAUGCUUUGGCAAGACGGAACAGAACGCGGUCGUCGUCGCUAAUAACAUGGAAACGAACGUCGGCAACUCGCUUAGCAUCAGCAACAUGCGCGAGGAGACCGAGUAUAGCACCAGCAACUUUGAUAGCAAAAGUCACGCAACCGAGGUGACAACGGCGUCGGGGGAAGCGGAAGAGUCUCAAAUCUCCGCUAUUGGUGAAAUCUCCACAGUCUCGCAAGAGGUGGCCAGCACUGCGCACCAGCAACAAUCGAUCGCAAUUACGUUAACCACAUCAGCACAGGACUUGGCUAUCGCUGGUACAAACCCGCCCACAGCCGGCAAGGAAGCCAGCUCAACCAACAAGCUGCUCUCGAGCAUACCAAAUCCGUACCACAAGCUGGCUAAACGCCGUCAAAUGCUCGAAGCGAAACGCGAGCGCAAAGCCGCUCAAACAUUGGCCAUCAUCACGGGCGUCUUCGCCAUCUGCUGGCUACCGUUCUUCGUCAUGGCGCUCAUGUUGUCGCUCUGCAAAGAAUGCAACAUCAGCGCCGCACUCACAUCACUAUUUCUCUGGCUGGGCUACUUCAACUCGACACUCAACCCGAUCAUCUACACCAUUUUCAACCCAGAGUUCCGACGCGCCUUCCAACGCAUUCUCUGCGGACGCAAACGCACGCUGCCCAGCCGCAGCGGGAAGAUUUGAUUCUGAGAGUAGUUGAGUAGCGUGGUCGUUACUUUUGUAUCGCCACGCUACAACACAUGCAAACGAGAUACUAACCGAACGGAGCAUGCAACUGAAAUACACAGCAUGUAAUAACAGUAAACACCAACAACAAAAAGAGUAACACCAUCCAACCAAUCCCCGCCCAGUGAUUCCAUUGAUGUUGCACAUCUUCCUCGCCGGUUGAUUCACAAGAAGUACACCAAAGCAAGCAGCGAAAGCAAACAAGCAAACAAACAAACAGACGAAAGUCAGUAAGAAGUGGCAAAUUCACCUAUGGCAACUCGUGUAGAGUAGCGCUGUCGCCCGCCAUGCCCUUGCGACAUUUCAGCAAACUCGCCACCACACCCGCAACCGCACUACCCCAACCACGCACACACGCAGCGCCAUCGAUGCACUCGCGUGUAAUUCCCUCCUUAUGCAAAUAACAAGCAACGAAGAACUUUCCGAGCAUAUGCGAUACACAAAUACCACUUGAGAAUGUGAUGUGACUAGAAUGAAAAGUACAUGCGGUUGGGUGAGUGUGUGUGUGCAAAUAUGGCACUUCCGCUGCAAAUAAACACACAGCUGCCGCACAUUCACCCGCGCGGAUGCUUCGAGUUGUAAGUGUUUGCUCAUGGAAGUGAACUCGCCUGGAAAUUUGGCAGCAAUUUCUUUGUUUCAUCAUUAUGGUGGAUCAAGUGCGACAUUGAUAACUCAGUUGGGAAUCUUGUGGUGUCAUGGUGACUUCACAGCAAAUCGAAAUUAAUUGAGUGUGAAGCGGAGAUUUUCAAUCAGCGAGACUCCCAGUCCAUAGGAAACGUCAAAAAUGCUUUAGAAAAGAAUGUUCGAUAUAAUUGAACAGCAUUUUGUUCCGCACUAUUGGAUAUAAAAGUGGUUCCAAGGCCAAUACCGAAUAAAGCCCAAUAACAGUCAUACGAAAACCUUCCGAAAAGUAUAUUUAAAGUCUUCAUUUUGGAAUUAAACAUUGAGUGGGUCAUGUUAUUUAGAAUAUUCUGUUGGUUGUUUCAAUAAAGAAAACCUUUUGCAGUAGGCAAUAUUUAGAUCUUGUUGUAGUAGAUUCCGGCAAAAUGCAACCCUAUUUUUUCCUAAAACGAUAUCAUGUUAGCAAAAAAAAAAGAAAAAUUAUGUUUGCAUUUUUAUAGCUCACGAAUAUGAUAUAUGUACAUCAGAUAAUAAAUGCUGAUUUGGCAAUAUCUCGACCCAUGCGCCAGCUAGCGGAGUUUUAUAUUCUUCUCACAAGUGUAAUCAAUAAGCAAGCUCUGAUCGAACGCUAUAAUUUAUUUGUUAGCUUUGGGAAGACUCACUUGAUUCCACAAAAGCUAUUUCUUCGUUGUUGAUUCACUUUCUCUACUUUUAUUUCAAUAUUUUCUGUGAAUUUACAAAAAUUGGUCAGUAAACUUCAAUUCCCCCCCAAUUUGUAAGAGUAAAUUUAUUAUGCGUUAUAAAAUUAAUAUUAUUAUUGACUUUGCUUGAAAUGUAGUUAAUAGUUAUAGUUUAACAUAACAUUUUAACAAAACAUAAUUAAGUAGUUCACUUGAGAAAUUUGAUAAAUAAAAUCGAAAUGUGUUAAACAAAUACAAUACAAGUAUAAUAGCUUAAUAUGUUAAUUUGUUGCAGUUUAAGUUUAUUAGCGCACUCGACCAUAGGAAAUCGUCCAACCGACAGACAACGGCCAAGCACAUGUAACUUGACAAGCAAUAAGCACACACACACAUACAAACACCAACUCACCGAAUUUGUGAUUUGAUAGCAACUGAAGUUCGAUACUUAAAGUUGAAUAGCUACAGCGCGCUGACAAUCUGGACACAAGUCACAUGUCCCAGCCAUCUUCCAAAAGCCAAUUAAAGGAUUUUUCGUCAUUAAAUGUACUUUUGUUACAGACACAUAUAUAUAGCGGUGGCACAUAUGUAUGUAUACACAACUAUACAUACACCAUAUAUGUACAAGUAUACAAUAUAUAGAGAGAAAAUCAACUACAAAUAUACUUGUAAGUAAGUAUAUAGUUUCUAGUGGCAUAAGUUAAGUGAAAGUAAACGAUACGCUUUUAAAGAGACACAAAAACAAAGUUUUAAUAGUAUUUAGAAUGAUUUACUACGUUUUUUAAGAACUCGAAAAGUCUUCUGAUAGUCUUGGGAACACCUAUAUACAUAUAUUUACUUAUAAGUGGACAUUAAUUGAACCAAUGUGUAUAAAUGGAACUGUACUGUAAACUUAAGUACUUAGUUGUGCAUUCGCAAAUCAAAAAUCAAAAGUGUUUAUAAAUUCGUAUGUGUAAGUAGAUGUAACAGUGAUUGUUAGUACAUAUGUUUAAGGCAUUGCGUCAUAUUAAUCAUAUAACUGUACAUAUAUAUGUGUAUAUACAGGCAAAAGUUAAAACUUGAAAUAUUUUUCUGCAAUCAGCCAUUUAUUUACUCUACAGAUGUAUGUGUGUAGGUUACCACAUAAUCAUUUAUGUAUUGUGCACUCAUACAUAGUAUGUAAAUGUAUAUAAGGCUUAGUUAUCGCAAUCGCAUUUCUAUUAUAUGUAUGUAUGUUCACAAUUUGAAUACGCCUAAGUGGAUUAGUGUGCUAAGUUUAUUUUUCAAUUUUGUUGCGAGCAAUGUAUUCCCAUUGAAAACGAGAUUUUGUGGUCCUAUUGUAAACGUGUAUAAACCCAUUGAACAUUUGUAUAUCCCGGGAUUGUUAAUAACUUUGUAAACAGAUUAAAUGUAGACGGAUAGUUUAUCCAUGCUCAUAGAGCGUUUUGAGGGUAUAUUUUUUCAGCUAAACUGAUCAAAUGAAUUCACAAUUGCAACAAAACCAUAAUAAUAAUAUUAAUAACUGUAACUAGAAAUGCUGGCAAUAUAUAGAUUUGAAAAUAAACUGUCUAUAAAAAAAACUGAA